AGAGACAGAACGGCGAAGCGCGAGGGAACGCAGCUGAAUCUGUCGGUGAGUCGGCGGGGUGAGGGAAAAGCACCGGGCUUUUGAAAAAGUUUUAUCUUGCCGGCGCGCUCGGCCUUUCAGACGCUACCGAACACCGGUACGCUGUUGUACGGUCUUGCGUGUCCCGCGUUGUCGCUUCAGACCAGUUUGUACGUCCAAGUUUGCCCGUAGUAGCCGGUCCUCGCAGUGUGGUCCUCACAGUCGGCUCCGUGAAGGUCCAGAUCGAAGUGUCCUUGGAAGAAGGGGACCGGUCGCGCGAUUUCUUCCUCGUCAUGCGUUGACGAGAGGUUCCCUCGACGAACCCAGUGUAGAUAGAGAAGAACACCGGUGGACACGCUGCUCAACUACAGGGCUAACAGGUCCACAUCCCAUCAUGAGGGAUUCUAGCUCGCUGAGGAGCUGCCUCCUGCUGCUGCUCGUCGCCAACGCCGCCCUCGUGCACGCAUCCGAGAACGACGAUCUGGUGUUCGACCAGGAUGGCAAGCAGUCGUUCGGCGAGGCUCCGCUGAUAGAGUCGCGCCAACAAGACUCCUUGUUUCAUAGGAUAAAGAGAGGGCUGUGGGAUAUUUUCAGCCCAUCCGACACGACAACUACCACUACCGAAGCUCCAGAAUCCGAAGACGACAACGCGGAUAACGAGCUGAACAACGCUCCUCCAGUUCAAUCGGACGAGGACAAAGAGCCGGAAAGCUCGAAUUUGGAAAGGAUAACCCGCGAUAGCGCGGAGGAAUACGACGAAGCUGACGAGAAUAACGAGGUUGGGAACGCGGCCGAGAGUCGAAGGGAGCCAGCCAAUUUUGGCAACACCGACGACGAAGACCUAGCCGGAUCUGGAGAAGUUGAAGGCAGCGCCAUCGAGUUUGAUACGAAAAUUAAUUACGGUUCCAGAAGAGAAAGAAGGUUUUACAGAAUAACCUUGACCGUUGGAGAACCAUACAGGAGAGAAUACGCGGACAGGAGCAGCAGAGAGUACAAGGAACUCAGUGGCAACCUGACGCAGCCGCUCGAGGAGUUGCUGAACCGUGACAUUCCCAAUGAAAAUCACCACGUCAACGUUGUUAAAAUAUCGCCAACUUCUGACAGCUUUACGUCGCAAGUUACUCUAGACAUCGGCUCGACGUUAGCCGAUGAGACGGAGAUGCAGUACAUCAUCGAGAAACAGCUGCAGAUUCACUCGUUGGGCAACGUCCAAGUGCGUCCGGAUGGAUUUACCUUUAGAAUAUUCCAAGGGUUCGAAGAGCCGGAAUGCGAUCAGUCAGCUGAGUUAACGUGUAGAGACGGUACAUGCGUUCCAUUGGAGCGGCGAUGCGAUGGAAUUGCUGACUGUAAGGAUAGUUCCGACGAAGAGGGCUGCUCUGAGACUACAACGCAGCCGAGCAUCAGGGAUUUCGCAAGAACCGAUCAUAACGAAAUUGUGGGAGUUAUACCAAAAGGAGACGACGAAGACAUAAACAGAGUCGAUUCGAUACCUAGCAAAUGUCGCGCCGACGACACAAUUCGUUGUAGAGAUGGAAGUCGUUCUAUCUGCUCUGUACAGCAAUGUGACGGCGUGAAAGAUUGUGACGAUGGUGAUGAUGAAGAUGGUUGUCCCCAUCCAGGUUGCAGCCCCGGAGAAUUCGCCUGCGACGUGUCUAGGUGUAUCUUGGACUCGCAGCGAUGCAACUUCGCCCAAGAUUGCGACGACGGAAGCGAUGAACACGACUGCAACUAUCCUGCCUGCACCGCCUCGCAAUUCAAAUGCGGAAACGGUCAGUGUAUCGACAGCGGCGACCGCUGUAAUAACGUCGAGGAUUGUUUAGACAGAUCAGACGAACUUAACUGCCCUUGCGGAGAGAACAAAUUCGAAUGCACCCCAGGCUAUUGCGUGGAUAAAUCGAAACUCUGUGAUGGAUACCAGGAUUGUGGAAAUGGGAGGGAUGAGGAAAAUUGUCAGCACAUAACUCGAUGUCGAUCAGACGAGUUCGAGUGCUUAGACGGAAGUUGCGUGAGCCAGACCUCGAGAUGCGACGGAAGAUCCGACUGUCGAGAUCGAUCUGAUGAGAUCAAUUGCACCGUGACCACAUGCAGCGGAGAUCAAUUCAGGUGUCUGGAUGGAACCUGCAUCAGUAUCGACAAAAGGUGCAAUCAGAACAUAGACUGUCGUAAUGGAGAGGACGAGAGCCAGUGUGGUUGCGGAGAGGCCCAGUUUCGCUGCACGGACGGACGGUGCAUCGGUUACGAGUUACAAUGCAACGGGGUGGAGGAGUGCUCUGAUGGCUCUGACGAAAGGGACUGCGAAAAGGCCAAGUGGAGGAAUUUAUACAACGAUGAGAAUACGUUUCGCAAGUAUCUGGAAACAAUGAGAAUGCUGAACUGGAAUCACGUUGAUGACCUGAAGCAGCAGAAUUUGACAAAUCGAAAGAAACACCCGAAGAAAGACUUUACCAUCGAUCCAUCCUCGAAUAAACUACCUGAUAAAAAUUCGAAUCCACAAAAUAUUUGGAGGUCCGUGCCAAAGCAUUCGAAUUCCUUACCAAGAAUAGCCAUCGAGAUAAGCGAUCCGUGCUCGAUGAAAAUAAUCGAGAAAAAGACGAAUCCAGGGAACAUUUGGAGGUCCAAGUCGAGGAACUUGAAUCCCUUGUCACGAAUAGGUUUCAAAAUAAUUCACACUCCCGAUAGGAACAGCACGAGAUCUGCCAAAAUGAUGAUACGUUCCUUGAACGACGUGAGAGAUCUCACUGACAAUGAGGCGAAGAAGCCGAAAAAGAACAGGAAGAAGAACCACCGAAAGUCUGAUGUUGAGAACGCAACGUCUAGCGAAGUGUCAGUUCUCACGGAUUCCACAAAUUCCACGACUGUGGUCAACGAUGAAAAGGUGCGUGCGAAGAAGAAGAAGUCGAGGAAGGGUAGGAAGAAAGGGCACAAGGGUAGAUUCAGACACAUGUCCGUAUUUGCUGGCACGAAAUACCCAAUAGACUCGACGACACCGGAGACUGUUAGCUCGACCGUCGGCGAUGAUCCAAGUUCAACGAAGAAUGAAAUACUUUCUAAUAAGAUUCAAGAAGAGAUAGAAGAAGAAAGUACUUUGAAAAGCGUGGAAGAAACUACGGUAUCAAAAUUGGAAGAUAUUCCGAUUAGGCCGGAGAUUUAUCUUUCGACGAAGGAAGAAAAUGAAGUAACAUUGGAAAGCGAGGCGAACGGGACAACGGAUAGUGUCUUUGUUUCGGUAAAGGAUGAAUCCCUUAUUCUUACAGAAUCGAGUGAAAAAUUAUUUGUUUCUGAAGAUGGGAAUCUGGAAGAAGCCGUGGCAACCACGUCGACGAGUACAGAACAAAUCAACUCCACUGACUUUUCAGAAACUACAAAUUGGAAUUGGUACUCUGAAGAAGAUUUAGACAAGAAGUUGAACUUCAUCGGGGAAGAAUACGCGAUGAGAUUGAACUCAAGGGAAAGAAAUACUUCGGAUAUAUCUGAGACUAAAUAUUCGUUGGAAGAAAAGAUGGAUUGGAGCCCGAAGACGAUAUUCCUGGAAGAGACCACAGUGCCGGAUUCAGAAAAUUCUUCCUGGACUACGGAGAAGUACAGGACAUCGACUGUCCUAAGUUCGGAGGAAAUUUUCAUUACUGACGGAUCUAAUCAGGAUUCUACGGAGACAUCAGGUAGCAGAAAAGAUAGCGAAGAGACGACGUAUUAUGACGAGAAUUUGGAAGAGAAGGAAUCAUCGUCGGUAUCGUCGACAGCUUCUACGAUUGAAGGCGAGGAUUACAAUUCCAAGAUCCUGAUAGAUCUACUUAGUAAGGACAGGUUAACUGAUAAAAUUCUUCCUAAUUCAGUUUCUAUCGACCAAACCUUGGAAGCGAAGAUAUACAAUUGUACCUCGAAGUGUGUGGAUUUCUAUAGACAGAGAGUGCAUGAGUUGGAGGAGAAGUUGCGACAAGCAGGUAUCGAGAAGUCUCUGACAAGCGAGAAUAAGAUUGAUUCCGGACUGAUCGAGGAUACCACACUUUCCAAGCCUGAAGAUGACAAUAAUUCUUCAGAUUCCUUUCAGGACUUCUCGGAAUUCUCAGAGGUGUUCAACCAUAGUUUAACUAUAAAACCAAUCGAUCCUAAAUAUUCAGACGCUACAGAAUCACUGACAUUGGUGGAGACCGUGACUGAACUGAGCAGGAACAACAUCAGCAAAGAGUCCAAGGAGAUCAUUGACCAAGAGGAAGGUCAAGAUCAACAGAGUAAAACAUACUCGAAAGUAGACGACGUUACGAUUUCUACAAGUUUGCCAGCCACUAAGAGCUCCUCUUCCCCGGCUAGAAGAAAGUGUAAGAAGGAUGAAAAGACGAGCACAAAGCACAGAGCUGACCAGGACGUGGAGGACGAUUGCGAAGAGGAUAUCACAGAAAGACCGAGCACUACAAAUUCCGACCUCAUCUCCAAAGAGACUAGCACGACCGCGAACUGCGACCCGGACCAGUUCGUUUGCAGCGAUGGCACGUGUAUCGCGGCAGACAAAUGGUGUGAUGGAUAUUCAGACUGUCCAGAUUAUGGCGACGAGUUUGACUGUAACGGCAAUACCAAUGGAGAUUAUGAGAAUGGAGUGAACGAGACCGAAGAAAAUUCCACAUGUCCGAUGUGGAAAUUUGCCUGCGACGGGACCUGCAUCGACAAUAUCUUCGUCUGCAAUAGCGUAAAGGAUUGUGAGGAUGGAUUAGACGAAGCUGACUGUGGGAUGGAAGGGGUCUGCACACCUGCCGAGUGGAAAUGUGCCAGUGGUGAAUGCAUAGCUGAAAUCGAGAGGUGCGACAAUGUAACCCACUGUGCUGACGGAUCUGACGAGAUUGGAUGCGUAAGCGAAUGUCCGGGUGGAAUGUUUCGAUGCAACGACGGAUUGUGCCUGGACAGUAAGAGACGUUGCGAUGGUCGACAGCAUUGUAAGGACGGCUCGGACGAAAUCAACUGCCAAUGCCCCAACGGUGAGCGACCUUGCGACAACGGUGUGUGUAUCAACAAGAACUUCUUCUGCGAUAACAACAUCGAUUGCCACGAUGGUAGCGACGAGCGCGACUGCGACAACGUGGUGACUCCACCAGCAGAAUGUCGUGCUGACGAGUUCACGUGUCGCGAUGGAACGUGUAUUCCGCAAUCCGCUGUCUGCGAUCGACGCCCAGAUUGCCCUCACGAAGACGAUGAAGCGAACUGUCAUCAAGGUAGAACCACACUGGUGGGACUAACCCACGUGAACCAGGCUAGCAAGGAUUACAAUCCGGAUUAUCAGGCGCCAGCUAAUCUGAGCACUCCGAGGAGUUGUGCUCCGGAUGAUUUUGUUUGUGCUGAUGGCACUUGCAUCCCUGAAACUCACCACUGCGACCAUUUCUACGAUUGCCGCGACUUUACCGACGAACAGUAUUGCUUCGGCUGUGGCAGGGACCAGUUCCAGUGUGCGAAUGGAGAUUGCAUCAGAGCUGACCAACAGUGCAACAAUUUCAUAGACUGUGAUGAUGGAUCUGACGAAAAUUGUGAUCACAACGUUCCCCCAGUGUCUGGCAGUUGCCCACACGGCUAUAUUGCGUGCACCAGAGACAAAGAUUGUGUACCUCAGUCCUCUCUCUGCAAUGGGGUGCCAGAAUGCAGGGACAGAUCCGACGAAGAAAAUUGCUAUGGAGAAUCUCGUCGUCUCAACUUGAAGACUUAUCCAAGCGAGCAACUGAUCAAAGAAAACCCGCCGAAGCAAGGUCGUGAGGUCGUAUUCCAAUGCCGUGACGAAGGUCUCCUUCGAGCCAGAGUGCGCUGGCUACGAGGAAAUAAUCUGCCUCUGCCUCCUGGAAGUCGAGAUGUCAAUGGACGUUUAGAAAUACCAAAUAUCCAACUGGAACAUUCAGGAGUGUAUAUCUGCGAAGCUGUUGGCUACCCUUCGUCCACGCCUGGUCAGCAAGUGAGCGUGUACCUCACUGUAGAGAAGUUCGAGCCGCCACCGACCAACAAACCCCACGCGUGCCAAUACGACGAAGCCACCUGCAGCAACGGUGAAUGUAUUCCCAAAUCAUACGUGUGCAAUGGCAGACUGGACUGUACCGAUGGUUCUGACGAGAUGCGUUGCAGUCCGCACGGUUGCGAACCAAAUCAGUUCCGCUGCAACAACACAGAGUGUGUGAGCAAAGUGUGGCGCUGUGACGGUGACAAGGACUGCGCCGACGGCAGCGACGAAGAGGACUGUGCUCCAAACGCACCAGGCACUCCCUGUCGCUACACGGAGUUUGCCUGUGGUAGCCACGAUCAAUGUAUACCCAAAAGCUAUCAUUGUGACUUGGAAAGGGACUGUAUAGACGGUAGCGACGAAGUAGGAUGCUCUCCAGUUUACAUAGUGAAACCACCUCCACCGAUGAUCAUUGUGUCUCAAGGAACAACUUUAAUGAUAACCUGCACAGCGAUUGGCGUGCCCACUCCCGAAAUCAGCUGGCGUCUCAACUGGGGCCACGUUCCUCCCAAAUGCUACAUGACAUCGAUAAACGGAACUGGAACUCUCUCCUGCCCGGACAUGCAACCAGAAGACCAAGGAGCCUACUCCUGUGAGGCACUGAACAGCGCUGGCUUCGUAAUUGCCAUUCCCGACGCCAUCGUGAUGGUGAACAAGACCGGUCCGGAGAUCUGUCCCAAGGGAACGUUCAACUCUGAAGCUAGAACCCCAGACGAGUGCAUUUCCUGCUUCUGUUUCGGAGUCGCUACUCAGUGUCACAGCGCCAACCUCUUCACUUAUCACAUUCCACCGCCUUUCGACCGCCACAGUAUCGUAAGCGUGAAAACUCAACCGGAUCUUCAAAUUCUGAACGACAUCACCAGACAGGUGCAAGCUGUGAGAGGUAUAGGUCGAGAUGGAGUGCAACUGUACGAUGCAAACCAACUGACACUGGAUUCAAGAGAGGACCAGGAAGUUGCUUACUUCGUCAUGCCUGAGAACUAUCACGGAAAUCAGUUGAAAUCCUACGGUGGCUAUCUGAAGUACAGAGUAACCUAUAAUGGAACUGGCAUACCAAACAACGCUCCGUCGGUUAUUCUGACUGGAAAUAAUUAUCGACUCUUGCAUAAAGGAAAGCAAAUAAUAACGGGUUACGAUAACGAAGAGACUGUCAGGUUCUUCGAUGGCGAAUGGUAUAAGCAACAAGGAUGGGCUGAGGUUCCUGCCACCAGGGAAGAUAUCAUGAUGACACUGGAGAACGUGGACAAUAUCUUGAUCAAAGUACAGUAUGACGAUUCUCCAUACUUGGAUGUCCGGCUCACUAACAUAGUGAUGGACACAGCUGAUGUAAGGAAUACUGGACUCGGAUCGGCCUCUUAUGUGGAGGAAUGUGAAUGCCCUAUAGGAUACAGUGGCCUGUCGUGCGAGCAAUGUGCUCCAGGAUACGAAAGACGAGAAUCUGGUCCUUGGCUUGGUCAAUGUUACUUAGCCGCGCCUCCUGGUUGUCCUUUGGGAUAUUAUGGAGAUCCUGCGAGGAACAUUCCUUGUCAAAUGUGCCCUUGUCCACUCACCAAUCCAUCCAAUCAGUUUGCACGCACUUGUCACCUCGGAUCUGAUGGUCAGCCAACCUGCGAUUGUCCAGCAGGAUACAUAGGUCGUAGAUGCGAACAGUGCAACGUUGGAUACCGAGGAAAUCCUCUUAUUCCAGGAGAUAUGUGUGUUCCCGAAUCUUCUUGUGACCCUGACGGUAGUCUCAGUACGAUCGCGGAUCCUAACACCGGCAGGUGUCGAUGCAAGCAAUACGUGACGGGUCUUACUUGCAAUCAAUGUAAGGCGAACACGUUCAAUUUGGCAUCGAAAAAUCAAUUUGGCUGCAUCAGCUGCUUUUGCAUGGGCAUUACCGACAAAUGCGUCUCCUCCAACUGGUACAGAAACGACAUACGAGUUUCGUUUACCAAUUCUGUCAGGGACUUCUCUCUCAUCGAGUCUAGAACACCAGAUAGUCUACCAAUCACAGACGGUAUUCGUUUGGAUACAGUCAGCCGCGAGAUCAUCUACAACGAAUUCCCUAAUCGUGGGAACAACGACGUUUACUACUGGCAGUUGCCUAGCAUUUUCCUUGGCGAUCAAAUUACUUCCUAUGGCGGCAACCUCAAGUAUACUGUUCGCUAUGUUCCGUCUCCAGGUGGUCAGAGCUCGAAAAACAACGCUGCUGACGUCGAGUUGAUCAGCGCCAAUGAUAUCAACUUGCUGUAUUUCUCCAAAGAGUCUCCUGAGCCAAAUACUCCCCAGACUUUCGUCGUACCCCUGUUAGAACAAUAUUGGCAACGCAACGAUGGAACACAGGCUGACAGAGAACACUUGCUAAUGGCCCUGGCUGACAUUCGCGCGAUUAGGAUCAAAGCCACAUAUACCACCCACACCGAUGAAGCUGCUUUGUCGUUGGUAUCCCUGGAUACAGCUGAAAAGUACAACACAGGUCGAACAAGAGCCGUAGAGGUGGAGGAAUGUUCUUGUCCAGUGGGUUACAAGGGACUAUCUUGCGAGGACUGCGAUGUUGGAUACACUAGAGGUGGCGAAGGUCUUUAUCUGGGUACGUGCGAGCCUUGCUACUGCAAUGGUCACUCCAACCAAUGUAAUCCUGACACGGGAGUAUGCGAGAACUGUGCUCACCACACCACUGGCGACUUGUGCGAGUUCUGUGAACCAGGAUACACGGGUGACGCGACUCGAGGAACUCCUUACGAUUGCACAGGUCGCGAGGUAAACCAUACUGAUUGCAACGAAAUGGGUUCGCGCAGCAGCUUGUACAUUGGUGACAGAUGCGAUUGUAAACGAAACGUCGAGGGACGUCAGUGUAACAGGUGUCGUCCAUCUACGUUUGGAUUGUCCGCAGAAAAUCCGGAUGGGUGUAGCGAGUGUUACUGCAGUGGACUGACCGAUCAGUGUCACGAGAGUUCCUUAUACGUUCAGCAGAUUCCCAUGUGGGUAUACGACAAUCAACACGGAUUUACUCUAACCGAUUCGACGAGACAGGAAAUCAUCGACCACCGUGAUUUCGAAUUGAACUUAGCUACGAACGAAAUAGGAUAUCGUUAUCCGGAUAGUAGACGACGCAGCUUGUUGUGGUCCCUGCCGCCCAUUUUCACUGGCAACAAGGUUAAAAGCUACGGAGGAAGUCUGACUUUGACUCAACAUAUCACUGCCAUUCCUGGGGCUCAGAGUUAUAAGGAUCAAGAUAUUAUCCUAAUUGGAAAUGGGAUCACGUUGUUCUGGACGAAUCCUAUUGACAUCCAACCUGACGUUCCAUUGACUUACUCGGUGCCAUUCAGGGAAUCAGAGUGGAAGCGUUUGACCACCGAGGGGCCUCGAGUCAGCUCCAGGACCGAUCUGAUGACUGUGCUCUCUAACUUGGAGGCGAUUUUGGUUCGUGCAACCCACAGCGAAGGAAUGAGAGCCACCUACAUUAGCGAUAUAAGCCUGGACACAGCCGUGGAGCAUCCAACUGGCAACAGAAGAGCUGUCCAAGUGGAAGUUUGUCGCUGCCCGACCGGAUACGUUGGAACAUCCUGCGAGUCUUGCACAACAGGUUACUACAGAGACACUAGCGACCGAUCUGUCAGCUACCUGGGCUCCUGCAUCCUGUGUCCUUGCAACAACAACGAGGAGAGCUGCGAGAUGACGCACACCGGCCACGUGAAGUGCCACUGCAAGCCAGGAUUCGUGGGCCAGUAUUGUCAAUACAGUGAUGGGCUGAUGGUAAGUCUAACGCCAGUGACGAGCGUGUUAAAGGCAAAUUCGUGGGUUCUGUUCACGUGCAGUUACAAGUCCCCACAUCCAUUUUAUAUCUAUUUCUCAAUGACUCCGUGCGACGGCUGGCCACUAACCUCGUCCAGCAUACCACCAGGGCCCAUUGAAAGAGCUACUAAUGGAUCGUGGAGGAGCUGGUACGUUUAUGUCCAGCAGAAUCCUUUCAAUGUAAUAUGCUGCAUCGUGGACGAUCAUGGAACGGAACUGAUCAAAGUUAUAACGACGGUCACGCCAGAAGGCACAAUAUCGACCACCACGACAAGUCGUCCACCCGUAAAUCCACCAAAGAUUGUGGUUUAUAUCAGAGAACCCGAGUUCCAGAUCGUUGAAGCUGGAGGCACUGUUAGAUACCACUGCUUUGAAAGAACGGACAAUGGAUCUUUGCACAUCAGAUGGGAAAAAGAAGGUGACGAACUACCAGUAGGAAGAAGUAUAGACGACAAGCGUGGUUUAUUGAUCAUUCGAGACUUGAAAGUGUCUGAUAGCGGCAUUUACAUUUGUCAAAUCAGCGAUGGAGUGCAUAUUGGUUACAAGAACGUCACUCUCACUGUUGGAGCUUUCCCGCAAAGUUUGCUGGACAUUCCAGUUCCACCAAGGGUUAUCGUCGAGCCAUCAUCUUUACAAGUAAUGGAAGGAGAACCAGCGGAAUUCCGGUGCGAGGCAACUGGGAAUCCCCCGCCACGAGUCGAAUGGAUUCGUGUCUAUGGUCCCAUGAGCCCGGGUAUAGUGGUCAACAAUGGAAUUUUGCUCCUGAGAUCUGCUUCGAAGUACGAUGCCGCCGAAUAUAAAUGCGUGGCGAGGAAUAACGUUGGCGUGGACGAGAGAACUAUCAUUCUUCAUGUUGAAGGAAGAUCCAUUCAACCCAUAACACCACCAACCAUCACCCCGUCACAAUGGUUCGGCCAACCUGGAGAAACGAUCGUGAUAACAUGCGUGACAUCUUUAAUAACGAAUCUCACCUGGUCUAGAGAAAGGAACCCACUACCUCACACAGCCAGCCAACGUGAUGGUGUCUUAACAAUUGUAAAUCCUACCCCUUAUGACUCCGGUAUCUACGUCUGUACGUCGACCAGCUACAUAGGAGUGACUAACAGCACCAUCAACAUAACAGUAACAUCUAGAACACCAGCGCCGUUUGUCAAGGUGACGCCUGAGAAACAGACCGUUCCUCAAGGCAGCAUAACUGAAAUAAGGUGUCUAACAAGCAGAGAACCCGGUGAACAUAUGACGUGGAGCAAGUAUCUUCAACCGCUAAGCUCUAAUGUACGACAAGUAGGAGACACUUUGAGAAUUGUCGACAUCCAAAUUGCUGACAGGGGUAUAUACGUGUGUCGAGUCACUGGACCAAGUGGAACUCACGAAGCUAGCGCCAUGAUCGAGGUCGAACGCAGGGAACCUCCAUUGGUAGAGAUCUAUCCCAAGAAUGUCCCUCCAGUUACUCUGGAUGGAUCCACAGAUCUCCAAUGUCGAGCAACUGGAAUCCCCAUGCCAGAGUUACAUUGGUCUCACGAAUCUGGUCGACCGUUCCCUCAUAAUAUUAAACAACUUCCUGGUGGCGUUCUGAGACUAACCAACAUCACAGUCAGCGAUGGUGGAUCGUACGUCUGUACCGCUAUCAAUCCCGCUGGAACGAAUUCAGCUAUGGCAUACAUAGAAGUUCAAUCCAUGCCUGUCAUCAGUAUAUCGCCCCAAUCUGGAAUGCUGCACGUGAGACCUGGGGAUAGGGUACGACUAUUAUGCAGCGCAAAUGGAUUUCCGGAACCUUCAGUUACUUGGAGUAGACAUCCGAACGUAGUAUCACUUACAACCAAUGAAUUGGCAGCCCCUCAUCAGGCCGUUUAUGAAAUACACUCCGCUUCUUCGAGUGACGAAGGUUCAUACAUCUGCCAUGCAAGUAGCAGAGUAGGAACUACUGAGGAACGAGUCUAUAUCAGAGUAGAGGAUAUAAAUGACGGAAAUGAUAACGCUAUACGAACAGACUACCUCAGAAUCCCCGAUGGCGGCAAGGUGGAAAUGCGUUGCCAUGUGCAGGAUUCCGAUGGACACAGAAUUUAUUUGGAUUGGAGAAGGGUGGACGAUAGACCUCUGCCAGCUGGUAAUUCCGUUGACAAUGGUGUACUGAUCAUCCCUGUCGUGGAUAAAAGCGCUGCAGGAGAGUACGUUUGCACUGGGAGAGACCUAACUGGAAAUGUUCUCUUCAGAGCCACAUCUGUCCUUGAAGUAUUAUCUCCACCAAGGAUUGUGUUAAUCCCACCAAGACAAACAGUCCGAUCCGGAGAAAAUCCAUCAAUCGAAUGUCGUACCACUGGUGACGAACCAAUGAACAUAGAAUGGGAUGCCAUAGGGCGUAGCUUACCUCAUUCGGUGACACACCAUCGUGGACUUCUCCAGUUCCAUGGAAUUACUUAUUCUGACGCGGGAAAAUAUGUUUGUAAAGCCACCAACGAAGCAGGAACUGCUGAAGCUGUUGCUGAAGUUCUAGUGAAUCAAAAUCCUUACGAGAACACAGAAGUCAGACAUCUCGAAAGAGACAUGGUCACAUAUGUAGGACAACCUGUGCGUUUACGAUGCAUGGUCAGCGAUAGAGCUACAAUACACUGGUCCAGAGAAGGACUGCCAUUGCCACCUAAUGCUAGAAUCAAAGACGAUUAUUUGGAUCUACCCAGAGUAAGACUAGAAGACAGUGGAAGGUACAUCUGCCAGACCCAAACCUCUCAUGGGGUUUCCAGUGAUUAUGUUAAUUUAAAUGUCUCACUACUUAAUUUGCGUACGGAUUGCACGCGUGUGAACCCAAUGCAGUGCAGGGAAAGCAGUUGCGUCUGCAGCGUUCAAGGAUGCUUUCUGUUGGAUUACUAUUGCAAUGUGAAUGCUAUCUUCUAUCCUGAUAACCGCCACUACUUCAACAACAAACGGUGGAUUCCCCACUAUCUUCAACAACUAGGCGCUACUACAAUACCUGCUGUCAGUGUGGAAGUCUCUCAGGAUCCAGUGAACAUUGGGGAUAACAUUGACAUACGUUGUGCAUGCUCUGGAACUCAUAAUCCACGUUACUACUGGUCCAGACCUAACCAUUCUAGUCUGCCACAAAAUGCUCAAGUGCAUGGAAACACUCUAAGAUUGUCUAACGUAACUGUCAGUGACAGUGGACUGUACAGAUGCACUGCAGACACUCCUGAUGGUACCUUUGAGCAGGAUUUCAAUCUUGUUGUCCAUGGUGGAAACAACGAUGCUCCAGCAAUUGAAACCAAGCUUGCUCCUUAUGGCUCCAGUCUCGAAAUGGAUUGUCGUCCUAGCAUCGAUCCACCUCUGACGUUCUCCUGGAGCAAACUAGGAGGUAUUUUGCAACCUGACGCGCAAGUGUUUGAGAGCAAAUUGAAGCUAACCAACGUCAAGGCAGAGGAUGCAGGCACGUACAUCUGCACUGUGAACAACGACCAUGAAAAUAUAGAAAUACCGACUAUGCUUGUCGUAACUGGAGUAGUUCCAUACUUCAGUCAGGCACCUCAAAGUUUCAUCGCUUUACCUCCACUAGCUGACUCCUAUCUGAAAUUUAACAUAGAGAUCUCAUUCAAGCCACAGAGCUAUGAUGGUAUAAUCCUGUACAAUGAUGAAUCCAACCGUGGAAAUGGAGACUUUAUUAUGUUGUCACUGGUUAGAGGCUACCCACAAUUUAGCUUUGAUCUUGGUUCUGGACCAACUAUGAUUCGGGCAGAAAAGCCUGUAACACUUGGAGAAUGGCAUACUAUAAAACUCCAGCGUCACAGAAAGGAGGGAACCAUGUUAGUUGAUGGUGAAGGCCCUUACAAAGGUAUCGCAGAUGGCAGGAAACAAGGAUUGGAUAUGAAAUCAUUAUUGUUUGUGGGUGGAGUCCCCAGUAGUACCAUAAUUACCAAGUAUGCAGAGAUCAACAGUGGUUUCGUUGGCUGUAUCAGUAGAUUGGUAAUUGGAGAAAAGGAAAUUGACCUGAUUGGUGAUCAGACAGAUAGCUUUGGGAUCACUAACUGUGAAACUUGUGCUGAAAAUCCUUGUAACAAUGGUGGUGUAUGUCAAGAAGCUGCUACAAAGAAUGGAUACAUUUGUCUGUGUCGUGCUGACUACAGUGGCAAACACUGUGACUAUGUUGGCCAGCCUUGUUAUCCAGGUGCAUGUGGUGAAGGCGAUUGCAUAAACAAAGAAACGGGUUUCGAAUGCUAUUGUCCUUACGGAACAACCGGAGCUCGUUGCGAGAAUACAGUGAAGGUCUAUGAACCAGCCUUCCAUGACGAUAAAUCCUAUAUAGCACACGAUACACCUAAAGCUCUUAGGCGAUUGAAAGUAGCAAUGAACUUCAAUCCUCUGGACAAUCAAGAUGGCAUACUGAUGUAUUGUGCUCAAAGUGAAGAGGGACUUGGAGACUUCGUUGCGUUGGUAGUCAAGGAUGAACGUGUCGAGUUUCGAUACGACAUUGGUUCUGGCCUGGCGAUCAUUAGAUCAAACCAUGUUCUUCAACCUGGUGUAUGGACGCAUGUCUCCAUCAAUAGGGACUUCAAGGAGGGGAAUUUGACUAUAAAUGGAGAACCUACAAUAGGAGGCAAGUCUCCCGGGACUGCUCGCACUAUGACGCUUAAUACACUACUCUAUAUUGGAGGCGUUGAUCGCAGAAGAAUUAUAGUGAACAGAAAUGCCGGCGUAGAUAGAACUUUUCGUGGUUGCAUCAGUGAUCUCGGAGUGUCUUCGAUGAAUGUAGACAUACUAAAGUCAGCCUUGGAUUCAGUAAACAUAGAUGACUGCAAUAUUCUACAUCCUAAUCAAACCAAGUUGACUACUGUAAUCACUACUCCACCAUCCACUACGACUCCCUAUGAUCCGUGUGCCUCCAAUCCUUGCAUUCAUGGAAUGUGUCAGAAUACUGAUUCGUACGACUAUUCAUGCACCUGUGAAUACGGCUAUGUGGGAAGAAACUGUGAAAACAUUUUGAAGCAAUGCGAACUGUUGCUUCCCUGUAGAAAUGGAGGCACCUGUACAGACCUCCAUGGGUCUUACAAAUGCGAUUGUCGGUUAGGCUACAAUGGACAGAAUUGUGAAAAGUUGGCGGAGGUAACUUACGAUGUUGCAUUCAGAGGAGAUGGUUGGUUAGAGUUAGAUAAGUCUGUAAUGACCCAUGAAGAAGAACGUGAAGUGUUAGGUUUUGAAAUUUCAACGAACAAGACCAAAGGACUGAUCAUGUGGCAUGGGCAGACGCCAAAUGAUCUUAAUCUUGAUCACUACAUGGCUCUUGCUGUGGUUGAUGGUUACGUAGAGUAUCAAUACAACUUGGGUACAGGACCAGUAGUGAUUCGUGUCACUGCACAGAAGGUAGAUGAUGGAGAACGACACAGAAUAAUCUUAAAGCGCCAGGGAAGUGAUGGAAGCAUAGAAUUAAAUGGAGAACAUAUGGAGAGCAGUGCUAGCUAUGGAACACAGCAAGAUUUGAAUGCUAGAGGCAGCGUGUACUUAGGUGGAGUGCCAGACUAUGCUAUGACUUAUGGAAAAUAUCAAGAAGGAUUUUCUGGUUGCAUUUACACCAUGGAGGUGCAAGAUUCUGGGGCCAUAGACAUUGGAGAAAAAUCUAUAAGGGGAAAGAACGUUUCACCAUGCACUAGAGCAAGAUGGAUACCCUCUUCCUUAGUAUUUACCAACGCGGAUACGGACAUCUUCGACGCGUUUGUUCCUCCACCUCCUGUCAAUAUAAUCCACCCUAAACCAGCGGCAAAUUUAGCUGCGUACAGUAUCAAAAAUUACUCAUUGUUAAUCCUACUUCAAAAUCUGCUCGCUUUCACCAUGGAUAUCCGAGAGCAGAGCGUGCUUUUCACAGUAUUAUGCAUAGACACUAUAAACGCGAUGAAAUGUAUAUUGAGUUAAGUGUUGUUUAAUUGGAUUAGGUCUUGUUUAAGUGAAUACGUGUCCUUUCAACAAUGAUUUAAUAAUGAAGAAACACGUAUUCUCUGGUAACUUAUGGAAUUAAUCCAAUUUGUAAAUUGUUUAACGCUUCGUUAACAUUGGGGACAAGUUAUUUGGACGAUAGACUUCCAACAAGAGGCGACCUUGGAAAGAUAUGGAAGUGGUUUAUUUAAGUGAAGGGACAAUUAUAUUAUUCAGUUUGUAAAGCCUACCGCGGCAAAUGAUAUAUGUAUAAGCAGUUUUAUAUCUGUACGUGUACAGAAUAUGUUUCUGACAACAUUUUAUAACCGAAUUAACUACAUUUUAUACAGUUCUUUGUUUUUAUAAAGUACGAUAGAUUCUUUCCUCAUAUUAGCCAAACCUAUUCCCUUUUUUAUUUUUAUUUUUAUCUGACAAUGCUUUUUUUCCAAUUGACUGCCACGUUCAAAGAAUGAACGUUGAGGCGAUUGCGAAU